AUGUCCCCGUAUUUUAGGUGUUCCAAAUCAGUAUUAUUGCUGCUCUUUUCCCUAGACUGCCUCUCCUCUCUCCCGCUGUCUCCGGCGGCGCCUUCGCCCUCCCCCUCCCCCUCCCCCGCCUCCUUUCCUUCCCUCCUCCACGACGUGUCCCACUUCACUUACUUCAGCAGGACCCCACGCUGGCGCAAGAGCACCCUCACGUACGCCUUCUCUCCCGACCACGGGAUCGACUACCUGGACCCCACGGAUGUGCGGGCCGCGUUCGCCCGCUCGUUCGCCCGCUGGUGCGCGUUCAUCCCCGUGACCUUCACCGAGACGGAGGACUAUGAAAACGCGGACGUGAAGAUCGGGUGGUACAACGGGGACCACGGGGACGGGCUCCCGUUUGACGGGGUGCUCAGUGUGCUGGCCCACGCGUUCGAACCCGAGGACGGGCGGAUCCACCUGGACGCGGCCGAGAGAUGGACCACCGACUUGCGCAAGGAGCGGUCCAAGGUUGCGGUGGACCUCGAGUCGGUGGCCAUGCACGAGAUCGGGCACGUGCUCGGGCUCGGCCACUCGACGGAUAGGGAUGCGGUCAUGUACUUUCACCAGGGGCGGAGGACGAGAAAGGUGGAGCUGGCGGAGGAUGACGUGGUGGGGAUCCAGACGUUGUACGGGGUGACCCCAUUCAGAGACGCGCGGCUGGAAUCAGACAACGUGUCGUCGGGGACGGUGGAUUUGGAGGGAAGAAAGGGACUGAUAAUGAGGUGGAGUGCCACGGUGCUGUUCCUCAUUUAUAUUGUUUCUUUUCUUUAG